CUACUGAGUUGGGUAUAUUUAUGCUUGUCUCAAUCCUCAAUGUAGUUUCGUGUAGGAUGUGAAUGAACGUUGUUUAUACGUGAAAGAACCUACGUGGUUUUUACUAUUCUAAUUGCAUUCUACUAUUUUCCAUUUUACAAUGAACCAAUAUAGUACAAUAUCGUUAUAGAAACCCUAACAUACAUAUCUAUUAGAAGAUGGAAAUUAUCAGUUUGAAAAUAUAUACGACAGUGAUCGUAAGCUUUUAUUGUUUGGGCGUUGUCGGACAAUAUGAAUGGCAAGCCAGAGAUGCAUUUAACGAAAUUCGUUUAAAAAUGGACAAGAUCAACGAAGAAAAUUGCCCUAUUCAACAUCUCGGAGAUCUCUAUCUACCGGAAGACGCAGUCUCUCAUUUACCUGACAUCAAAGAUAUCAAUAUUAAUCCUGUGUUUCCAAAUAGAACUGCUUUAUUACAUCUUCAUAACAUGGCUCUUAGUAGAUCAUUUUUUUGGAGUUAUAUUUUACAAUCCAGAUUCAUACGACCUGCUAUCAAUGAUACAUAUGAUCCAGGCAUGAUGUAUUAUUUCUUAUCAACAGUCGCUGAUGUUUCUGCAAAUCCACAUAUAAAUGCUUCUGCUAUAUAUUUUUCACCAAAUAUGUCUUAUUCGCCAUCGUAUCGAGGCUUUUUUAACAAAACUAUGCCUAGAUUUGCUCCACGAACGUUUAGAGCUGAUGAUUUUAACGAUCCUAUACAUUUAGAAAGAAUGUCCACAAGAAAUACAUUUAACGUACAAGAUCUUGGUGCAUUUGCCAGUGGUAGCCUUAGCGAAGAUUAUACAACAGAUUAUUACCGUAUAAAUGAAUGGUACAAGAAGUGGUUACCAGAUAAUGUUGACAAAAGGCACGAUACUAAAACUACUUAUCAAGUUGAAAUUAGAUAUGCUAACAACACUAAUGAAACAUUUACAUUUCAUGGACCGCGCGGUGCGGAUGAAUAUCCUGGGCCAGUAAGAUGGACCAGACCAUAUUACGAUUGUGGAAGAUCAAAUCGAUGGCUCGUAGCAGCAGUUGUACCUAUCGCAGAUAUUUAUCCAAGACAUACAGGAUUCAGACAUAUCGAAUAUCCAACCUAUACUGCCAUAUCAGUAAUUGAAAUGGAUUUCGAACGAAUAGAUAUAAAUCAGUGCCCAAAGGGAAAAGGAAAUAGUGGUCCAAAUAAAUUUGCAGAUACUGCUAGAUGUAAAACAGAAACUACUGAGUGUGAACCAUUACAUGGCUGGGGUUUUCGAAGAGGAGGAUAUCAAUGUAGAUGUAAACCAGGUUUCAGAUUGCCAAAUGUAGUACGACGUCCAUAUUUAGGUGAAAUUAUAGAAAGAGCAACUCAAGAACAAUAUUAUAAUGGAUUCGAUUGCUCCCGAAUAGGAUGGAUUCAUAAGAUGCCUGUACAAUGGGAGAAGGCAAAACCAGAUGUUAGAGAAAAAUAUCUUGAGCAGUUUUAUCAUUACAGAAAUUAUUCCAUUGGACCAGAAGCAUUAAGAUCCGAACAAAUUAAUAUCGACCAAACUCUUAAAUUUAUUUUAAGUAUCAAUUCAAAAACUUGCAAGAGUUACACAGAAGAAGAUUUAACGUUACUUGGAGAUAUAGCCUUUGGAGCCAAAGAAUUUUUUGAAAAUGAAGCAAAAAUGGCAACUAGAUUAGCAAACUUUAUUAGUGCAUUCCUACAAACUUCUGAUUCUCAUGAAGUUUAUUCAGGUAAAAGAGUAGCAGAUAGGCCACUUACUGAAGAUCAAAUGAUUGGGGAGACAUUAGCUUUAGUUCUUGGAGACACUAAAAUAUAUUCUGCUGAAAUGUUAUGGGACCGUAAUAAAUUCACAAAUAGAACCUUCUUUGCUCCAUAUGCUUAUAAAACUGAAUUAAAUACUCGAAAAUUUAAAGUUGAAGAUUUAGCCAGACUCGAUGAUCCAGGUAAUGUUUAUACAAAAAAGAAUUAUUUUAAAUUGCUAAAACAACGAUGGGCAACAAAUUUCGAUGAAUUGGAAAAGUAUUACAUGAAGAUAAAGAUUAGAUACAAUGAAACUGGCGAAUACCUUAAAAAGUAUGAGCAUUAUCCCAAUUCUUACAGGGCAGCAAACCUGAAUCACGGACAUUGGACAACUCCGUACUUCGAUUGCAACGGCAAAGUAAAGAAAUGGGUAAUUACCUAUGCAUCCCCAUUUUUUGGCCUGGACAGCUUGAAAAAGAAACUGGAAUUCAAAGGUAUUGUGGCUGUUACCAUGGAUCUACUUCAACUUGAUAUCAAUCAAUGUGACGAUGUAUUUCACGCUCCAAAUGCGUUUAAGGGUACACACAAGUGUGAUAAGAAAACUUCAUACUGCGUGCCAAUUCUUGGGAGAGGCUUUGAAACAGGCGGAUACAAAUGUGAAUGUAAGCAAGGUUUUGAAUAUCCAUUCGAAGACUUAAUCACAUACUAUGAUGGCCAAUUAGUAGAAGCUGAAUUUAAUAAUUUAGUUAACGAUGAAAAAACUAGAUACGAUAUGUUCAAAUGUCGAUUAGCUGCUGCCACGUCGAUUCAAGUCAAUUGGAUAUUAUUAUUGGUAUCGAUAAUAUUGUAUCAUUUUAUAGGAGAUAAUUACUCGUAGUAAUCUCGCAAUAAUGCGACGCUCUAUUAUAUUAAUCAUCAAGAUAUGAUUUUAAGAAUAUAAUCCGUCCACUAAUGUAGAAUGACAUCCGUCCAUUCGGAUAGUACAAUCGGGCAAGGGGUGACGAAUUUUCAAAUUCAAUUUUCUUAAAAACGAAA